AUGGGGAGGAAGCUAGGAUUGGUUGCGACUUGGACGAGCCGCGAACCCUCCGCCGUCACCGGCCGGCAGCGCGCAAUCCGGUCCCUUGUUGGUGGUGCACCAGUUUGGAAGCUUGUGGCUGCUGCGCCCAAGCCGAACCCGAAGGUCGAGGAUGGUAUCUUGGGCACGUCCGGCGGGAUCGGUUUCACCAAGGAGAACGAGCUGUUCGUCGGCCGUGUCGCCAUGCUUGGCUUUGCCGCAUCGCUCCUUGGAGAGGCCAUCACCGGUAAAGGCAUCCUUGCCCAGCUGAACCUGGAGACGGGCAUCCCCAUCUAUGAGGCGGAGCCCCUGCUCCUCUUCUUCAUCCUCUUCACCCUCCUUGGCGCCAUUGGCGCUCUCGGGGACCGUGGUAGGUUCGUCGACGAGGAGGUCACCGGCCUGGACAAGGCCGUCAUCCAGCCCGGCAAGGGCUUCCGCGGCGCCCUCGGCCUCAGCAAGGGAGGGCCGCUGUUUGGGUUCACCAAGUCGAACGAGCUGUUCGUGGGACGGCUGGCUCAGCUGGGCGUGGCCUUCUCCAUCAUUGGCGAGAUCAUCACGGGGAAGGGCGCGCUGGCGCAGCUCAACAUCGAGACGGGGGGUGCCCAUCAACGAGAUCGAGCCACUCGCCAUCUUCAACGUCCUCUUCUUUUUCGUCGCCGCCAUCAACCCCGGCACCGGCAGGUUCAUCAUCGGCGAAGGCAAAGAAGAGUAGGCUGA